AUGUUACUCAACAGUGACGAGAUCUUUUUUACGGCCAUUUUUACCAGUGUCUUACCAGCUUUAGAAAAUAUUAUAUAUGGUGACAAUGUAUCAGUUAUUAUAGCAAAAAACACAAACAUUGCAAAAGAUUUAUUGGCUUGGAUACCUUAUGGCAUUUUACAUUUUUCAUUACCUUUUCUAACAAGCUUGGGAAUUUGGUUAGUUGGCAUUAAAGGUAUUGGUAUUAAAGGUGUUUUGCCAGUAUUUAGUAGGGCUUUUGGAUAUAUGAAUAUAGCAGGUGUUUUAACUCAAUUGAUUUUUCCUUGCUCGCCACCAUAUACACCAGCUUCUUAUUCAAUUCCAGGUGAGGCAGGUGGAUUAAAACGUAUAGAUAAACUAUUUAAUUCCACCACUUAUGAAAAGGCAUUUUCGGGCUCGCCUAUGGUUUUUGGAGCUUUUCCUUCUUUACAUUCAGCUUGUGCUAUUUUACAAAUUUUAUUCAUAUCUUACACUCUACAACAACACAAAUAUAAUAAUCAAAUAUAUUUUAUUGGAUUUUUAUAUGUAAUAUGGAUUUGGUGGGCUUGUAUGUAUUUCACACAUCAUUACAUGGUGGAUUUAGUUGGCGGUGGUAUUUACGCAAUUGCAUCUUUCUGGUUCAGUUGGAAAUGGUUGCCACAAAUUGUCGUUAUUGAAGAUGAGAAUGAUCAAAAUGAAGUUCAAAGUGAUGUUAUUAAUAUUACUAUCGGUAAUGAUAACGAUGUUAUGGAAAAUAUUAGGAGCAAUAAUAAGUUUAACAAUAAAAGAUGGGAAUAUGAAGAAGUGCAGAAAAUGUUGGAAGUAAUAGUAGAACUAACUACCGGUAGCCAAGAUAAUGAAGAUGAGAUUUUUUCUUUUAAAAAAAUGAAAUUUAAAAAUGGACUUAACAACCCAGGGAAUGAUAAAAAUUCGGGUUGGAAGGUAAAAAACAAAAGCAGUGAAGAAAUAAUCACAGACUGGAACAUUGAAUAUGUGAUAGAUGGAGAAGAUAAAGAAGAACUCAGUUUUUCAGAGUAG